UGUCGAUGCAACCAUCCUUCAGUGGCACGGAGUCUGCUGCAGGAUUGUCGAUGCCGCCAUCCUUCUGUGGCACAGAGUCAGGUGCAGGAUUGUCGAUGCCGCCAUCCUUCAGUGGCACAGAGUCUGCUGCAGGAUUGUCGAUGCAGCCAUCCUUCUGUGGCACGGAGUCUGCUCCAGAAUUGUCGAUGCAACCAUCCUUCAGUGGCACGGAGUCUGCUGCAGGAUUGUCGAUGCCGCCAUCCUUCUGUGGCACAGAGUCAGGUGCAGGACACGCACACAGCUAUACCCAGGAAACAGGACUUACCUAUGACAACAUUUCAAGUGGAUUCACCAACCAUCAGCUGGAGUGGGUGCCCACAACCUUCGGUACCAACGGAACACCAGCUGGACCAGGCCAGCUGCCAGUGUCCUCAUAUUUUCAGCCAGCUGGGGUCGAGCUCCACGGGAGGACCCCGGGAGGGCCCGCGUUCCACUUCGGGAGUCUCCCCGGACCCUCUAUCUUCGGGAAGACAACCAAGUGGCACCAGAAACCCCCACAAGAGGACCCGCUCCGGGAAGAGAAGCGUCGAAGGUCUGUUUACGCUAGGGAAAGGCGCGAGACGAUGAAGGCGAGGAAGAGAGGCCUGGAGAUGGCGUUAACCGCGCAGGAAGACCACGUGUCGCUCCUGAAGGAGGAGAAAGAGGCUACGAGUGAACGAGUGCGUCAACUGCUGGCAUACAGGGACGAGUUGGAGGCCAAGUGCUGCGAGUUGGAAGACAUUUGUUGUGAGGACAACCAGUAGUGGCGCUGAUAAAGUGGGCUGCCGCCCCCCUGGCGGGGAGCCUGUCGCCCCCUCAACACAACACCGGUGACGUCAUCAUCGCGGGACUUCAGACAUCAACUGGCUUCAUACAAACUAUAACGUGUCCGCCUGGCUUCUCACAACUAGUCAAUCCAAUGCAAUUAGUUAAAUUUAAGUACCUUUGUUCCUGUAUGAUUACAACAAUGCUAUAACCAGUUUGGCGAAUAAAGGCACUUUUUAAUUUGUAUUUUAAUUCUACAAGACUAUGAUCAUAAAAACUUACCAAAAUCUGCUGAU